AUGUGCAUUUUCGGUUUGUUGUUUGUGCUAAUCGCGUUCGACUAUGGCGCGUCACAGAGCAUGGAAGGUGGAGACAGUAUUACAACAUCAAUUACCGGCCUGGAACAGCUACUCGAAACAGAAAAUUUUCUCAUACAAAAUUUGGAAAAUUACGCAAAUGAGUUAGAGGAAAAGUUGCUUGUCAUACGCAGCGUGAUUACUAGUCUUCGUGAGGAAAAUGUCAAGGCACGCGAAAAUAGCCAAUACUAUAUAUCGAUUCCAACGAAUGUAUUUUCCUUAGUGCGGCGAUUGCAGAAGGAUUGGAUAUACUUGGAUAUUUAUAUGAGGCAAAGUGUUGGUGAUGCGCAAAUACAGAUAUUACGUGAGCAAUGGUCUCAUUUGCCCAAAGAAAGUGAUCUGGUUGAAGCGGUACAAGCAAUGAGCCGAUUGCAGGAUACCUAUGACCUUAAGGCCGCAGAUCUAGCUAAUGGAGUGAUCAAUGGCAGAACAUACGACACAAAAUUAUCAUCGCUCGAUUGCUAUACUUUGGGCUAUGAGUUGUUCAAUCAAAAAGAAUAUAUAAGCGCGGGCUAUUGGCUAUACACAGCCCUACAACUGUACGGAGAAGAUGAAAUUACAAAACUGCAUAAUCUAAGUCAAUAUAAGAUAAUGGAACUCUAUGCUGAAACCUUACUAAGGCAGUUUCGGCAUCAAGACGCGCUAUCAGUGAUAAAUGCAAUGUUUGUUUUACCAACGUUGCAGCCUCCAGAAUCGGAUCUAGUUCACAAAAGAAUCGAGCUAGAGAAGCAUAUACAAAUCUAUAAUCCACAACCAGUGAUACACCCGAAAACAGAGCCCAACGCCUAUCAACGUGGUUGUCGCGGUGAGUACGCAAGUCGAAGACCUAUGCUUUACUGCCUCUACAACACUACGACAACCGCAUAUCUUAAAUUGGCGCCUAUUAAGAUGGAAAUUGUGAGUGUCGAUCCAUAUAUGGUCAUGUUUCAUGAUGUCAUUAGCGAUGAGGAAAUCGCCACGCUUCAAGAUAUGGCACGACCCGUGCUGAAACGCGCUACAGUGUAUAGUGAAGAAUCUAAACGCAGUAAAGUGGUUGCUACCCGUACCUCGAAGUUUGCAUGGUUUGCCGAUAACAGAAAUGAAGUUACUACGCGUAUCAAUAAACGUAUUGCCGAUAUGACCGGGUUCGAUCUGUUCGGCUCAGAAUUGCUACAAGUGAUGAAUUAUGGACUCGGUGGUCAUUAUAGUACUCAUUACGAUUUCUUCAAUGUAUCUAUGACAACGGAUAUAGUGGCGAAGCAAGGUGAUCGUAAGGCUACUGUUCUCUUUUAUAUGACUGAUGUGGAACAAGGUGGUGCGACUGUAUUUCCAAAUAUAGAAACUGCUAUUUUUCCUAAGAAAGGUACUGCUGUAAUGUGGUAUAAUCUCAAUAACCAAUACGUGGGUGACUAUAAAACUCUGCAUGCGGGCUGUCCAGUAUUAGUUGGUUCUAAGUGGGUUACAAACAAGUGGAUCCGUGAAAGAAAUCAAGUGUUCCGGCUACCAUGUUAUAAGGAAUAG